GGUUACAUGAGUUCUUUUUCCUCCUAGUACUAGUGUACUUUGUGAUUGCUUGCAUUUAUGCUCAGUCAUUGUGGCAGGCUAUUAAGAAAGGAGGACCCAUGCACAUGAUUUUAAAAGUUCUGACAACUGCAUUGCUGUUACAAGCUGGUUCAGCUUUAGCUAAUUACAUUCAUUUCUCCAGGUACUCCAAAGAUGGGAUAGGAGUACCUUUUAUGGGAAGUUUGGCAGAAUUUUUUGAUAUUACUUCCCAAAUUCAGAUGUUAUACCUGCUUCUGAGUCUAUGCAUGGGUUGGACAAUAGUCAGAAUGAAGAAGUCUCAGAGCAGACCUCUCCAGUGGGAUUCCACCCCUGCAUCCACUGGCAUUGCAGUAUUCAUUGUCAUUACACAGAGUAUUCUGCUACUUUGGGAACAGUUUGAAGAUACCAGCCAUCACAGCUCCCAUUCACACCACAACUUAGCAGGGAUCCUGCUGAUCAUCUUAAGAAUAUGCCUAGCAGUGUCAUUGGGCUGUGGACUCUAUCAGAUCAUCAUUGUGGAGAGGAGCACACUCAAAAGAGAGUUCUACAUCACAUUUGCCAAAGGCUGUAUCUUGUGGUUUUUAUGCCAUCCAGGUCUUGCAUGCAUUUCUAUCAUUUUUAGUGACUACCAAAGAGAUAAAGUCAUUACCAUAGGUGUUAUCCUUUGCCAGUCUGUUUCCAUGGUUAUUCUCUAUAGACUCUUCCUAUCCCACAGUCUAUACUGGGAAGUUUCUUCACUUUCCUCAGUAACACUACCACUUACCAUAUCAUCUGGACACAAAAGUCGUCCUCAUUUCUGAUACUUGAUUUUUGUUGAAAGAAAAAUUAAUUGGAUAAAAGAGUGCAAUAAGGAUCUUUUCAUACAUUUGGUGUGAAAUAUUGAGCAGUAAAAAACAGAGUAUGUUAUUUAAAUAACUGCAUUUAAGCAGUACCAAAACCCAAAAAAAAGGUAAUAAGUGAGCUGUUUUGAAACAUGCUUAAUAAACUUUCAAGAGAGAGUGCUGUUAUAAGGUGAUUGAAGCAAUUUCCGUAUAGAAAUAAAUGUGAAAAA